AUGAAGUUCUCCAUCCUCACCCUCCUCCCCGCCAUCCUGCUCGCCAGCAACACCUUCGCUACUCGUGUCACCUCCCACCACGCCCCUUCGCGUCGGGACAACCGAACCACAUGCACCCAAGAGAUGGUCUCCGACUUUUGGGCCUACUCCAAACCCCCCCACGCAUCAGCCGUCGUCUGCUAUCGAUCCGACUCUGACCGUGUAAUCCGCGACACUUCUGCCGAUCACUACAAGUAUAUCGCCAGCCGGUAUUGCACUGAGUUUUCGUUCUUGCAGGAUUCAGAUGUCGAGCGAUUGUGCUUCGAUGUCAAUAGCAGAGACCGCUCAUUGAGCGACACGGAUUCCUCUUAUGGAACCGCCGGACUCUGGUUCAUCUACGAUUUCAUCGUGUUCCCCCUCGGACUUUUCUCUGGCACUACCAUCAGCAUCGUCAUCAAGAAGCCCACUUUGCUCAACAUCGCCGAACGUGAACAGUUUCCCUCACACCUAGGAUCCUGCCAGGGGAAUGUAUUCGUGUAUCCGGAGACGAAAGGGGCUCUCUACGAGGCCAAUGGGGAAACUCGUUCCGCACAACAAGCUGGAUGUUUGCUGAUGAAGCCGACGCACGCACACUGUCAAUCCUUCAAAAUGCCAAUAUCCUCAACACCACCGGAAACCACACAAUGCCGAUGCAUGAAGGUGCAGCCAACAAUACCCGUGAAAUGCAAAAUCCCAUUGAUGCAGAGCAAAUAA